AUGGAAAGUGAGAUAUUCGACAGCGUAACCUGGGACACCCCCAGCGAUGGGGGAUUUGGCGGCCAUGACCUACAUGGUGACCAUAUCCCAGAGACUUCGACCGGCCCAGGAUAUCUGCAAGCAAGUGAUCCUAGGCAGGCUCCUCCAGUGGAGGGCGAGCCCAAAUGGGAGGGUUAUCUGGAUGUAGAGCUUAAGGAUCCAGUGAAGGAGCUAGAUGGCACCAAAGAUGCAUAUAUUUCAUAUCUAGUCUGUGCUAGUACCAACUUGAUAACUUUCUCAUCUCCGAAACCUUCUGCGCGAAGGAGAUUCCAGGACUUUGUCUUUCUUCAUGAAAAUCUCGUUAGGGACUUCCCGGCCUGUGUGGUGCCACCACUUCCUGGAAAGCAUCGACUAGAAUAUAUCACCGGAGACCGAUUUAGUCCUGAAUUUGUUGAACAUCGUCGUGUGGAACUGGAACGUUUCCUAGUGCGCAUCGCUCGACAUCCGAUCUUACAGCGGGCGACUCUUGUUCGCUCGUUUUUCGAGUCUACAGACUGGACGGUCAAGAUGCAUCAGCAUCUUGCACACCCACCAGGUCCCGAUCCCGUCCCAUCACUUCUUGACAAUAUCUCCGACACUCUUCUGAAUGCAUUUUCUCGUGUGCGUAAACCCGAUGAACGUUUCCUCGAAGUCCGUGAGGGAAUCGAUAAGUUUGAUGAGGGGUUAAACAGCAUUGAUCGGUUGUGGAAUCGUUCUCGGUCGCGCACAGACGAUUUGUCCAAUGACUACCAUGAUCUAGCACUUUCCAUUCAAGGACUCGGUUUCCUUGAGUCAGGUAUUACAGAACACCUGAAUGCCUUUUCCAACACUCUUCUCGAGUUCUCUGCAAUUCUCAAGAAUAACACUGUGAAUAAUACAGAUCCAUUCUUAACACACCUCCACUCUCUAUUGGCCUACUCCCAGGCUCAUCGUGGUGUACUCAGGCUGCGCGACCAGAAGCAGCUGGAUCUUGAGGAACUUACCCAGUAUCUCUCGAAUGUUGUCAUCGAACGCGAUAGAUUAUCCUCACUGAUCGCUGGCCGGCCGGGGACGACAUCCCAAGGCAUCGGAGCGUACCUCAGGGAACGCGUUGAUGCCAUACGUGGAGCAGAUGACGAUAGGAGUCGGGUGGAAAAGAUGCGCAAACUGGAUACGAAAAUAACGGAGCUUCAGGAUGCGGUGACAACAGCUUCUGAGACGUCUGAAGCCUUCAGCAGCGAGACUCUCAAGGAGUACACGGUAUUCCAACAUGCAAAGCGUGCUGAAAUGAAGGAUCUUUUUGAUGCCGUGGCGGAUGGUCAAAUCGACACUUACCGAAAGGCCAUGGAAGAAUGGGAGAAAAUCAUUCCAGUCAUGCAGCGCAUUCGGUUGAUGUUUAACGUGUUUUUAUUCUUUUGUUAAUACAAAUUAAUGACGGACCACACAUGUAAAUAUUCCCAUUGCCUUAAGACAUAGUUUUGCAUGC